GAAGAAAGCCAAGCCCCGGAGAAAACUUAAAAUAGUAACAGUAACUUUGGAAGUUAGGAGAAAUCGGCGUGCUCCUAGCUUAGGAAAAUAAAUCACGUGAUUUCUCGGCAACUGGCUGGGUUUGGGUUGCAGCUACUAGCUUGCUUUUGAGCCGCGAAGUUUCAUUUUUGCAGCUGUGAAUGGUUGAGGUCGCAGGCUCUUCAGCUGCCAGUAGCGGCGUUGGGGAGCAGCGGAGAGUGAUGCUGAGAAGGGUCAGAGAGCCUCUGGAAAGCCGGAGUGGUACGCGCUCUGUGAGUCCUGCUGGGGGGUGACGCGCAUCUGCCGGUCAGGGCGCCGACUGGAACCCGGCAGUCAUUCCCCAGAAACACGCUUUCCCUCUGACGCGUCCGGUCUAUGUCAUUUUCUUCAGCCUCAAGGAUGGAACACUGUCAGACUUGAAGACACGUAGUAUUAGCCCAAAGAAGGACAACAAUUUUCAGAGAUGCCCAGACAUCUACAGUGGAGUGAUUCUCAGAACACCAUGUCCUGGUAUAUCCUCAGGAACUGGAACCUAGGCUUUUAUGGAUACAAGAACUUCCAUCUUGCUACUCUCUUGACAGGGAUCUUAAAACAUUGAUGAUGAAUCUUCUCAUUCUACAAAUCAGUCCUCUUAGUGGUGGACCCAGAUGGACUCCCUAAGCUGGCAGAAUGAUGAGGAAAGCCUUCAACAGCAUCUGGUUGGAUUUCUCAGUAAGGAUCUUGAAUGGCUGAUCUUAAAGGUCAAGUUCUUCCUGCCUGACCUAGACCUGACUCCUGUGGAUGACCUCCCAGAUCCCACCCAGAAAGUCUCCCUGCUCCUUGACAAACUGAGAGCCCACAGCCUCUCCACAUGGCGGACCUUCAUCCAUUGUGUCUGCAUGGAACACACCAUGCCCCUACACCUGGAGACCAUGCUCCUGAGUGUCUGGGGUAUGCAUAGUGAGAUUCCAAGCCAGAACAUUUUCUGUAAAGAUGCCCUUCCUAAGUCCCAGCUCCUUCAUUCAGGCGUCAAGAGACCUUCCUCUGAGAUAGGAUCCUCACCUCCUCGAAAAUGGUCCAGGCAGCAGCAGCUGGAGUUGGUCAGAAAGUAUGAGAAGCGCCUGCGGACGUUGUUCCUGAAGAAGUAUGAGGAUGUACCAGGAAGGACGUCGGGGCAGUGGCAACAAUGGCCGUUCUGCUUCAGCCAGACCUAUGUGGACCCCGUCGUGCGGCCGGGCAAGGUAGCCUGGCUGAAGGAGGGCCCAGAGAAGUCGCAGGUUGAGACUCUGGCAGAGCCUCUUGAGGUGGAGGAUGGGGCUAAUUUCAAAGUCCAGGACUUGUUCAGAGGCCAGUCGGGUUCAGGCACCAAGGUGACAGUCCUGCUGGGGAAGCCAGGGACAGGGAAAAGCACGCUGGUGCAGCGUAUCUGCCGGAAGUGGGCGCGUGGGGAGCUGGACCGCUUCAGCCAGGUGUUCCUUUUUGAGUUCCGCCAGCUCAACUUGGUGAAGCAGGAGCUGACCCUUCCCCAGCUCCUCUUUGAGGUAUAUGAGAACCUGGAGGAGGAGCCCGGCGCCGUCUUUCAGCAUCUGCAGGAGAACGACCAUCAGGUUCUGCUGAUCUUUGAUGGGCUGGAUGAGUGCCUCUUCCCCUGGCCGGGCCGAGGGCCCUGUGCCCGGGAUUCCCAAGACCCUUUCCUGUCGCGGCCUGUUGCCAGCCUUUUCUGCAGCCUCUGUAGUGGAUCCCUCCUGCCAGGCUGCUGGGUGGUAACCACCUCACGCCCCGGAAAGAUCCCAGACUUCCUGCUGGAAACAGCCACAUCCGUGUUUGAGGUCUGGGGGUUUGACCAGCUGCGGAUUGAGAAUUACGUCAACAACUUUUUCCAGGGACUGAUCUCCCCAGAGAGGGCCCUGGCCUGCCUCAGGGCCAGUGCCCAGCUCCAGAGCCUGUGCUCCAACCCAGCUCUGUGCUCUAUCGCCUGCUUCUGCCUCCACCACCUCCUAUGCCAGGACCACACAAUUAAGUUCCCCACAACAGUCACCCAGCUCUUUACUCAGAUGCUCCAUAUCUUUGUAGGUCAGAAACAGGGGACCCCUGGAGACAAAGGCACCUGGCUGAGCAAGGACUCCCAGGCCCUGCUGGGCCUUGGAGAACUAGCCUUCAAGGGGCUGAAUGAAAAGCAGAUAGUCUUCUAUCCAGGUCACAUCCCUGAGCAGGUGGUGGCCUUUGCAGCCACCUACAACCUCCUGUCCUCCUUCUCAGUCAGGACAGGGACUGGGCAGCGGGACACAUGCUAUGCCUUUGUCCACUUUAGCCUACAAGAAUUCUUUGCAGCCCUGUACCUGAUGGUGAGCCCUUCCAUAGACAGCAGCAAGCUGCGCCACCACUUCUACCUCAAGUCCAGAUGGCCCCUGAGGACUGAAGCUAAGACGGAGCUCCUGGAUCGCUUCCACACCUUCUUGUCGGGCUUCUCCUCUCAGACCUAUCUGUCCUUCCUGACCCGGUUGUCCCAGCAGGGCAGAGCCUGGGUCAGUACUAAGCAAGCGGCCGUGCGGCAAGUGUUACGGGGCCUGGCCACCCAGAGCCUGACAGGCCCCAAGAUGAUAGAGCUGUGCCACUGUGUGGGCGAGACUCAGGACCCAGAGCUGAUGGGUCAGGCUGGCAGGAGCCUGCCUUUCAGUCUGGACUUCCAUAAUUUCCCCCUGAACCACAGCGAUCUGACCGCCCUGACUUCUCUCAUCAACCAUGCUCCUGCUUCUAUAUAUCUCAAUUUUUCUGGCUGCUCUUUAGAGUCCCAGUGCCUCAAUGCCCUAACUGGCUGUGGGAAAAUUGAGAGUUUCAGAGUUAGAAGUAGGAAGUGCAGAGAUGCUUUUGCAGAAGCCCUCUCUAAGAUAUUGCCAACAAUGGGAAAUCUGAAGAAACUUGAAUUGACUGGAAAUAACAUCUCAGUUCAAGGCAUUGACCAUCUGGCACAAGCAUUUACAGACUGUCUUCAGCUGGAGGAGAUUAAUUUGCAAGACAACAGAUUGAAUGAUUCUUCAUGUCUAAAGAUCAUCACGAUCCUUCAUAAGAUGCAACGGUUACAGAAAAUUGACUUAAGCCAAAAUGCAGUUUCUGUCCAGACAGUCCUGGCCCUGGCAAAGGAAGCAGUUUCUUAUCCCCGAGUCACCACCUUGGAGAUUAGGCAAGCACAAAUGAUCCUUCUCUUCUUUGUAUCUUCGGGAAAGGCUCUGGAAAUGCAAAGAUCCCAGAAUGUGAAGAAAAAUGAGCCUUCAGAUAAAAUUGUGACUCAAGACAGAAAGCUAACAUUCAGGCUUCAGAAAUGCAACCUUGCUGUCCACCAUGCAAAGGAGAUAGCUGAGAUGCUCAAACACAGGCCCUACUUGGAAGAAGUGGAUUUAUCAGGAAACCAUUUGGAAGAUGAAGGCUGCCGGGAGUUAGCAGAGGCCCUACCUGAUUUGCAGAUUGCCAAACAGUUUAACAUCAGUGAUAAUGGGCUGUCUGAGUCCGGGGUGUAUUACUUGCUGACUUCAGCCAAUGCCUGCAAGAAUGUGAUGGAGCUAGAUAUCAGCCUGAAGAACAAAACUGCUGUCUUCAAAUUUGCUGGGGACCAGGAGAAGGAUCAAGCCCCACUCGGAGCUGCAGUUUCAAAUCCCCAGCUAUCCAGCAACAGCUCUGAGCCAGUUUCAUCCCUUUCUGCCAGGGUGAUCAGGUUAAGACACUGUGGUUUCCAGUGCAGGGAACUUGAGAAGCUGUGUCUAAAGCUGGGCAACUGCAGCCAUCUUGACUUAUCCAACAACCGGUUGGGCAACAAAGGCAUUGAGAAAUUGAUUCAGCUCCUUCCAAGCCUGAGAUCCUUGCAAUUCCUGACCUUGAAUGAUAAUAGGGUAUCCUUGAAAGCUGUGUUCUGCUUAGCUUCAACCUUCUCUGACCUGGAGUGGGUCCAUGAAGUAGAUAUCAGUUUGGGAAGACAACAAUCUAUCCAUGUGAGAUUCCUUGAGAGAACAAGGAAACGAAGUGUCUCUGAAGAGUGGACAAAGCAGAAGACUCAGCAGGAAUCUCUAGAAUGGGGUGCACAGUUUCCCAAGAGCUUUUGUCUCAGAGAGUGUCAAUUGGAACCACCAGUCUUAGAGAAGCUGAUCCAGAUUCUGAAGACAUGCCAGGGACUACUAGAGAUCAAAUUCUCCCAUGUUACCAUGAAUGAUCAGAGCAUUGGGAUGCUACUGAACCACUUACCCCAGUUCCACAAUCUGAACCUGGUGCAAUUCAGCCAAACCACUUUGUCUCUAAAUAGUGUUUUCUCGCUGGCCAGUGCCAUUAGCCUAUGUGAACAAAUUCAAAAGAUGGAAGUCAGGUCCCUGAAGUAUGCCUGUCUGUACUUUACUCCUGGCAAGAGGAAAGGAGUGUCCUGUGGGCUCACAGAUUGUUGCAUCAACCAAAUGGAUAUGAAGCAACUGUGUUGUAUACUAGGGCAGUGCAAAGAUCUGAGUCACCUUAAUUUGUCAGGAAACUUGCUGGGUGAUGAAGGACUCAAAUAUCUUCUGGAGCAUUUACCUCAGAUGAAUCUCUCUGGCUCACUUAACCUAAGCCACAAUGGCAUCUCUGAGGAGGGUGCUCUGCUCUUCACUGUUGCUCUCGGCACCUGCAGACAGGCCCAUGAGGUCUCAGUAAGCCUGAAUCUAGAGCAGAAACUUCUGAUACACUUCACAGAACACCAAGAGCCCAGAAAAACUCUGAGGCUAACCGGAUUCAACCUCCAGCAGGAGCAAAUCAAAAAGUUGGCCACCCUGGUGGGACAAGUGCCAAAGCUGAAUGAUCUCAUAUUGGCCACUAACACAAUGUCACUAGCAGGGUUGCAACUUCUCCUGAAUUCAGUGAGGAUGCCAUCAGGGAUCCUGAGGAUCAGUGUUGAAGAGCCAUGGGUGACCAGGACCAGUGUUACCACCUUGCUGGAGGCAAGUGUUCAGGCUUCAGGCAACAUCACCAAGAUAAGCAUAUGCAGACAACAAUCUCUCCUCCAGAUUGAAGAGACAUUUCCCCAGAAGACGGGGAAUUUUGCAGCUGACACUUUAAGACCGAUCCAGUGUGACCAAGGAGCCAGCCUGACUUUUCCAUAUGAUCUGUCCCAGUGUGACCAAGGAGACAACCAGACCCUUGUCCUCAGGCAGAUGGUUGAAAAGUACAUGAGACUACAGGAGCUUAGCUGGUCCCAGGUUUACUUGUGUGAUACCAGCAGCCAGCUACUCAAGACUCUGUUUCCGUCUCUUCUUGAGUUGAAGAAAUUUAGCCUGACAGCCAGCACAGUGAGCCCUGAGGGGGUCUGCCAUGUAGCGUCUGGACUAAGUCACUGCAAUACUAUGGAAGAGCUAGAUCUAUCCAAGAAUGAGUUCAGUGUGGAAGGUACUAGGGUACUAAUUGGAGCUCUGGAAGGGAAGUGCCAACUUAGGAGUCUGAACCUCAGUUUCCUACAGCUGGAUAACCUAGCAUUGAGUGAACUAGCCCAAAGACUUCAAGGAAUGUCACUUCUGCAGAAACUUGACUUGAGCCACAGUGGCCUCAGCAGUGAAAGCUGUUUCUCCCUGUCAGAUUCCCUCAAGGAUGCUACCAACUUAAAAGAUCUGAACUUGAGCCACAACAAGAUCGAAGAUGCUGGGGUGCAGCAUUUAUCAGCCAUCCUGCCUAAGCUGCUACAGCUCAGUAAACUUGACCUUUCAUGGAACAGCAUCAGCCCAGCAGGAGGCAGGACACUGGCUGAAGCACUGGCAUGCUGUGAGCAGGUGGAGGAGUUACACUUAGGGGCCAAUACAAUGGGGGACCUGAUGGCCAUAAGGCUGGCCCAGAACCUGCCACCUCACCUGAAAAUCUUGUACCUUUGUUCCAAUAAGAUUGGUGCUAAGGGGACACUGAGCCUGGGUCAGGCCCUUGUCAGAUGCCAAUGGAUAGAAGAGAUCAGCUUGGCAGAGAACAUUUUUGCUGAAUGGAUCCUGCCUCUCUCAAAGGGACUCCUGAAACUCAGAAAGAUAAACCUUACAUCCUGCAGGAUUAAUGACCAGAUGAUCAAACCUCUUGCCAGCAGCUUGGUCCUCUGUCAUGAUCUUGAGGAGAUCCUGUUGGCCUGGAAUUCCCUUGGGAAUGAAGGGGCCACUGAGCUAGCCUAUAUUCUACCUCAGAUGAAAGCACUGAAGAAAUUUGAUUUGGAAGGCAAUCAGAUUGGCUCCCUGGGAGCACAGCUGCUGGCAAAGGGGCUAGCCAAGAAUCCUGGAAUUCAAGUCAUACGCUUGUGGAAGAAUCCAGUCCCCAAGGACACAGCCCAGUUGCUCCAGGGCCAGGAUCCCAGACUGAACUUCUCCUAAUCAAUCUCCAUGGAGCACCAGGACUCCUCUCUUAGACUCACCAGAUCCAUGUGGGAGGAUAUAUGGCUCCUUUGCAGAGUGGGGGUUCUGUUCAAUUCAGUUGCUGUCCCCACUAAGGAUACCCAGAUCAUUCUCUCCUUAUCCUGGAAUGUCCCUGAUGUGGGGUCAGUGAUAAACAACUUUUCAGGCAGAUCCCUCCUCUCCUGCAAUAUCCUUCCAGGAAAGUAUUGACUUUGUACUGGACAGAACAGGCCCUUUGCCUGUCUGUGUAAAAUUCACAAGUGUUUCCCCUUCUCAGACCUCAGUUUGCUCAUCUGUAAAAAACAAAACAAAACAAAACAAAAAACAAACUAGAUGUUCUAUAAAGAUCCCUUCUAGCUCCACCAUUUUAGAUUCCUAAGAGUCUAAAGUAAUACAACAGAAAGAAAGCACUGGCCCUAUAAUCAAAGGUACUGACUUCAAAUCUAGCUUCUGAUGCUUCAAUGAAAUUAAGCAUGUAUAUACUUCAUCCUAGGAUGACUGAACUGAAAAAAUACUUCAUCCCUUAGAGGUUCCAGAAAGCCUCCCCACUAGAUCUUUUUGUUAAGAAGGUGGGACAGCACUGAUCUGAGCAGCUGAUGUUCAUGAUACUAAGUUAAGAGACCCGAUCUCUCAUUGAUUUAUCUGUGGGACUUCCUUCCUGCAGAUUAUUGCUCAAGAAGUCUAUCUGUCAUAAGAGGAUCAGAUGAGAUGAUCUCUAAGAUCCUUUCUACCUCUGAAAUCCUGUUAUUCAGUGAUGUGAAGUUAUGAGUCUAGGUUUCUUCUCAGGGUCCUCUAGGCUUUCCCUUCCCUUUCAUUCAGCUUCUGUUGUUUGUUCUAGAAGAGGACCGUGACAUCUGGGAAAUGAUGCCAUGAUGUACAAAGGAGUUAGAUUCAAGUGAGGGAGGCUGUGCAAAGUCACCAGCUUCACUCUCUUUUCUGGAGUCAUUUGGGUCCAGUGGCAAGAUAUGGAUCAGGAUUAUUGGAAGUGACCCUGGAGAAUCUUAAGUUAAAAUGUUUCCCAGGUCUCAGUUUGACUGAGGAAAUACUCAUUCAGUGAUUUGUCCUUUAGUUAUUAAGCAACCACCAAAUGCUCUGUUUGCACAUAAUCUUUUCACGGUUAUCUCCUUGGAAGUUGUAAGCUCCUAGAGGACAAGCAUUGUUUUUCUUUGUAUUGGUGGAGCAAUGUGGAGUUUGAAUCUGCACUGAAAACCCUCCAAGAAUGUGGACUUUCACUGGAUCUUAAAAGAGGGGUCCUAGAUUCAAGUCCCACCUCUUAUUUUAUUUUGUGACCUUGGAUAUGUAUCUCAUCCUCUCUAAAUUUAGGCCUCCACAUUUAUAAAAUAGAGAUUAUAUAACUUGAGCUAAUUUGCUGGAUUUCACACUGAAGUUAGCCUUGGAAAAAAGCACUGGUACUGGAGUCAGAAGCCAAGUCUUUGUGGGCCUCAGUUUCCUCAUCUAUAAAACAAAGGGCUUCAAAGUUCUCUGACUCUAGUUCUCCCAUUCUAUGUGCCUACCUCAAAGUGUUGUAAUAAAAUUUGUUUUUUUUUUUGUUGUUGUUUUUUUAAAGUACGCCUUUAAUAAAGUGCAUGCCCAUGCUUGUGCUAAGAUCUGUAAUAAAAUUUGUUAACAAAAAUUAAAGUGUAAUGAGAAGCCCAACUUGUGGUGGUAGUAGUUCUUUGGAGAUAAGACACACAGACCACAGUUGAAAGAUACAAAACAAUAUCUGGUGAGUACCACAUUGUGAGGUAGGAAUUCAGAGAAGGGAAGUCCAUUAAGGACUGAUAGAGAAAAAGGAGGCUUUGAGAAGAGUGACUAUUAAAGGCAGAGACUGUUUUGUCAUCUUUGUGGUCUAGACACCAAACUUCUCCAAGUAAUAAAGACCCAUCUUUUGAGUACCAACACCCAAUGGA